GGCUGGAAAGAAAAAUAAAACAUCCUAAUAAGAAAUUAUGAAAAAGCAAAGAUUCUCAACAAAUGGAUAGCUUAGAUCUGAAAAUGUUACUAAUCUUUUGGAUCAAUGUAUUCGCUUUACUGGAGAUUGCAUUGUUUACAGAUGCUCAAGCCCCCGUGACGUUGCCUUCACCAGAUCCAAUAACAGGAACUGUACAGUCAAACACAGGAGCCACAGGAUUCAUACCUGAUACCGGUUCAAACUGGUUUGAUCGUAACCAUCAGUCACUAGAAGACAAUGUUGGGAAACCUUUUAUCCCAGGACCAAGUUCACCGCUUUCUAUAUACAACAAACCAGAAGUACUUGAUCCAUUUUACGCCAAAACAAACGUUUUUCAUCAUCACCAUCAUUUCCUUAUACCAAUACAUAAGCAUGUAAAGCAUAUUCAUCAUCAUCAUCAUCAUGAUCACCACCACCAUCAUAGUCAUCCAGUUGUUAUACAUCAACACCAUCAUACAAAGGGUCAUCAUGUAAACAGCUUAGGACAUACAGCAGUUACCAGUCAUGGUGGAGGCCAUAGUAACUUAGAUGAAAUCGAUGUAAACGAUAUAAACGGAGUAUUGAACGAGUUCGGUCACCAUGCCCAUGCAAGCCAUAUAAUGUUUGAUCCUCAUCACCUCAAAGGAACACACCACAGCAAGUUCACAAGCAUUGAUAUAGAUAUUCCAGAAGAAACACAUACAAGCCAAGUGGUACCAAAUGUGCCAGCUGCACCACACAAUUUUGGAAUCGAUCCAUCUGUGGCUGACACUGUUUCGGUGCCUUCUUUUAAUAUCCAAGGAAAUAAACUACCAGGACCAAUGACAUCAAAUCUUGUCGCACCAGGUCCACUUGCUGAGCAAACGGGCUACGGAUUGCCUAACGCUGCUGCACCUGGACAGCUGGCACUUAACAAUGGUAACCAUCUUAAUGGUUAUCUGAACACUGCUAAUAAUGCAGUAUGGAACAAUAUGUAUGGACCAAAUAAAUAUUUUGGAACACAACAUGGCAAUACCGGAGGACCGCUCAUAGGAGACAGUCAUGGGUUAAAUAUGGGUAGCCAAAACUAUGACAAUACAGUAAUGUCUCACGGUGGUGUGGGAGGUUAUGGUAAUGUUGCGUUGGAUACUGCUACUCUAAACCAUGGAGAGAACAGUGUGGGAUAUCCAAACACAGGAGCUGGUCAUUUUGAGGGAUCAACGAUUUCUACGCAUGCAACCCCUUCGCCGAUGCAGCAUUCUCAGGGAGACGUUAAAUCUGAGCCUGCCUUACACGCUAUUGAAGAUCACGGAAACGUAGAAGGAAAUGUUGAUCUGGAUGGAAACAUACAUAAUGAAAUAACGCAAUCGGAUGCCCUGCAUGUACACGUAGAUUCACCCGAGCAUUCUGUUGUUGCCAAUGAGCUUCAUCACUUCGUAUCUGAUUCCAGUGGAAACGAAGUGCACGAAGUCAAUAACAUGCCUCUCAACGUAUUCUCGCAAGGUCAUCAAGUAACAACAACAAGCGACCAUGCUGGCGCGGAGGCGGGACUUCUUGAAGGACAUAAUGACGGAAAUGUUUUUGAACCUGGUGAUCAUGAUCAUGUUGAGCACGCGCAUGUUGAAGAAACAACUGAGCACGUGAUGCCUUCACAGGGUGCCAUUCAUGUGACCGAAGAUUCACAUGGGCAUCUCCAUGAUCACGUAUCAGAAAUCAGUCAUGAUCAUGAGAUUGAUCACUGGGAUCAUAUUGAUCACGAAGGAACGCAUUCUGUUUCUAUCGGAGAAGGUCACCAUACAGAAACCCCGCAUGCAAUUCACAUAGAAGAUAACGGACAUGGAUACUCAGUCCAAGCAGAGGAAUACCAUGAUGGCGGAGAACACAGUAAUGAACACUCUUCUGUUGAGCAUGUGGCUGAAAGUGAUAUAACACACGAUAUAGGGCAUGGUAUCACACACCAUUUCAUCGAUAACCAUGAAGGACCUGAUCAUGGAGUAAUCGAUCAUGGAGUAAUCGAUCAUGGAUUACUCCAUCAUGGAUUUACCGAUCAUAGGGCUGUUGAGCAUGAGAUGGACGAUCAUCAUGCAGUGGUUUCUCAUGAAGGCAUAGAAGGAGUUUCUGAUCAUGGGAUAAUAGAUUAUGAUCACAGCGAUCAUGAAAUCGAAGAUCACGAUAUCAGCCACCAUGUCGAGGAAGUCCAUGAUCCAGGAAUUCAUGUAGAUUUUCAUGCAAUGGAUCAUGGGCACGAUUUUCACGAUGGUUUCGGUGGAUUUCAUGAAAACCACCACUUCACUCCUGAUGUGCACGAUCUGCACAAUGAUCCGUCAAUACAAGAAAUCCGCCAUGAAGCAGAGCUUUCGCAACACGAAGUUGGAAUAAGUGACGCGGAAUCUCUUGAUGGAGGACACCAUGAAGGAGUUCACCGCGUAGAGACGCAUCAUGAUGAUCAUAGAGACUACCACGAUGGAGGCCUUGUCCCUGAGAUACGUGAAGGGAAUAUUCACAGUAACGUAGUGCCGGAGUAUCAUGGGGAUAACCCAAUGACUGAUCUACAUGACGUAGGUAUGAGCCAUGAAGCUGGGCAUGAUUUAAGGCAUGGUAUUGGGGAGAGCCCUGCAGGUGAUGCAAGCCACGGAGCAAUCGACACUCAUGCUGUAUCAAAUGAAUUUGUUGCUCCGGAACACGAUGCUGGUCAUGGAGUUAGUGACGUAGCUGGACUAGGAACACAUAGUGUAGAUAUGGAACACGGGACCAAUGGCGUUCAUGGUUUUGAUGAGCAUGGUGGUGAAUUCUUUAUACAUCCAGAUGGGGAGCAUCACGAAGAAAGCCCUGCAAUAACAACACAGAAAACAGAAAUCCAUGCAGGGGAUCAUGCGGAUGAGAAUAACGUACAUAUGGAUGCAAAAGAUGAAGAACUAAUAAAGAAGGCGAAAGCAAACGAAAUAAUCGACCCGCCAUUUUUGACUCAUUUGGAUCCACACGGAGAUGGUUUUGGAGAAGGGGUUGUUGGAGGGCCUGAUCUUAACGUAGGGAACGAACAGGGACCAUCUGUAGCAAAUGGACCCGUUGCUAGUUCAUUUCCAGCUAUUAUUCCCAACAAGCCGCCAUUUGUAGAUAAUCAUCCAGCAACGCAUGUCACAGGUGGUAUGAUAGCCCCAGAUUACGGAACAAAGCGACAAAACUUUCAAAAAAGUCCAGGAAAAGACGAAAAAAAUUCUUUCGUGAGUAUUGGCACUCCAAAACAACCCCUAGAGCCUAAAAGUACAACGAUGUCAACCAAAGUUGUUCAGCCAAUAAAGUCAAAACUUUCAAAAUUUGUUAAAGGCAGCCGAAGGGCCGGACUCGUAUUCUUUGGAACAGACAGGCAAAAAGGAGAACCAGAAACUGAAAGUGAAGGACUAGACUCAGCGUUCGCGACAGUUCCAAAUGUACCAAGAGUUGAAUUUAAUAAACUGCCAAGCAAGGAUCAGAGCAAAGAGAAGCCUGGGAGUUCUGGGAAGAUUGUUACGAGUGGAGCGAGCCAAGAACAAGAGCAUAACAUUACAAACAGUACACCGAGCAAUGUGAAUCAAAACACAACAGCAGAUUUAAAUGAAAAAGGAAACGAGGCUGGUUUUAAUGGAAAAGCGGUUGGGAAUAAAACUGAAACGAGUGGAAAAGAAAACGAGAAACAAAUUGGCAAAGAUCAAAAGACUGAAAACAAAAAAGUGAAAGAUGCUAAAGGCCUUGAAAACAAAGGUAAUGAAAACAUCAAAGUUGCACAGGGUCAAAAAACUGAAAAUAAGACAAAGGUGAAUGAGGAACUGAUGAAGAAUAAUAACAAAACCAACUGGCACGGGAGUAUGGGAAAAGAAGCCAAAAAUGUGACUAACCCACAGCUCACUAAUAACACGAAAUCUGAAGACAGAAAAAAUGAAAAUACCAAAGAAGACAGCCACAGCACAGAAAAGAUUGACAAGGAAAAUAAGAGUGAAAAAAAGAUAAAUGAAGAAAACAAGCGUAAAGAAAAGAUAGAGGAAAAAAACAAGCUGGAGAAAAAAGAGGCGGAUAAAAGCAAAAUCCUAAAUAACAGCACUAGUUCUGCAAACCAGAAGAUGAAGCUGCCUGGAAAUAGAAAAACAAUAAAAGAAAAUCCGGAAGAAAACGAAUUUGUAUCUGCUGCUGGUGCGGAUAUGGAAUCGACAGAAGGCAGUGGGGGAAGAAACGCUAAGGAUGAAGAAACAAAGCUAGGUAAAGGGAGCAAAAGUGAUAAAACGAAAAAGAUUACGAAAGAAAGUAAAAGUGAAGACGAAAAACCAAAAAUACAAAUUAAGAAAGAAAACGAAAAGAGUAAGGAAAAACCCGCAGAUAAGAAAUUGAGUGAGAAAAAUGAAGAAAAAAAUUCAAAGAUGCAGAAAAAAGUAAAAGAAUUAAAAAAUGAAAUCAGCGAAAGCUCGAUAAAGCAGAAGGAGAAAUCAGAUGGAAGUACUUCAAGCAAAAGUGCACAGAAAAACGAUAAGGAACUUGACAAGUCUAAAGCGAAAGGAAAAAAGAACGGAGAAAAUACUAAUGGAAAGGAGGACAGCGUGGAAGAAGGUGGGGAUAUGGGAACAGCAAAAGCAACAGGAGGGGAUGCAGAAAGCAACCCUGGGGCAAGCGUAAAAGAGGAAAUCAAAGUCAGCAAGUUAAACAGUACGAGUGGGCAAAAGAAUACAAAAAACACAUAUAUUGAAGCAAAGAAUAUUAGAGUGGCAAAAGCAAAUACAAGCGCAGAAGGUAAAGGUCAAAACUUUAAUCAAGGUAUAGACAAUGACAGUAAACAAGAGAAAGAAAAAGGUAAACAAGAAAAAACUUCUAAAGACUCUGAAAAUGAUAGUUAUUAUGGUCUAGGCGGAAGUGCAGGAGAUGUAAAUAGCUUCCUAGAGAAGAAUGCCACAAAUCAUUUUCCAAAAAUUAGUGAAGAAACUGAAGGUAACAGCAAGGUAAGCGAGUACAAUUCGCUGCAGAGUAAGACGAAUAAUAAUGAAAACAACGAUGAGAGCAGCGGGUUCGAAAAGGUAGGAGUAGAAGAAGAACAAGAAGAGAACUCUGGAACAGAUGGAGCAAAAGAUAACAGCGAGUCACAAAACGGACAGAAAAACAAGGAAACUGUUUCUGUUGAUACAGAGGAGUGGCAAUCUGGUACUGCCAAAAUGGCAGGCGAAAACAAAUUGGCAGCUGAAAACAAAAUGGCAGGUAAAAACAACAUGGCAAAUGAAAAUAAAUCUUUAGAAAGCAUGGGCGGAAGCGAUGAGAAACAGAUUGAAGGAAAUGAAAACGAACAGACUGCAGUAGCAAAUGACCAAAAUGAAGCAGCACAAAAUUCUUAUACUGUGAAACUGCAGGAAACUAUAAAUGACUCCCGGCCAAACUCAGGGCCGACAGAUUCGCCCACACAAUUCUACAUGAAAGGUUCAGACUUUGAUGAUAGUAGUGGGUCGGCCAAAACGCCAACGGAUAGUCCGUUGGAACAAGACAAGUCCCAAAAUUCAGCAACAAGUCAAGGCGAUGGCAAUCCUACUGGUGGUUUUGCCAAGUCAGGAGCAACAUUUUUGCAAGAUACAUUAAAUGGAAAAAGCGAUGAGAAACUGAUUCCCAAUAAUGAAAUUGAUGAAAAUGAUGUGGAAGAGGAAAAUGCACUCCGUGUAGAAGCCAAUGAUAAACUUGAAGUUCUUCAAAGCAACACGGCCACAGUGCAGGGUGACAGGAGUGACCUCCAAGACAGCACCGAAGAAAAAGAAUUGUUUGGUGACGUCACGAUUGACAAUCCCGGUUCAGAUAUUGCAGAUAAAAGAACAAAGGACAACAGCGGUGGAAAAAAUAGCAUUCGAAAAAGAAACCAAAGGCCAGAGAAAGGAGGCAAAAAGUCAAAGAAAAAAGGUUACAAAAAGACAACAAAAAACGUAUCCAAAAAUCAAAAGAGGAUUUCAAUGGUAAUGAGUAAAAUCAAAAAAGCAUUGCAAAACCUAAAGCGAAAACGGGAUAAAGUAGAACGGGGGAGAAGAAAGAAACGAUUGUCUUUAAAAGAUUUGGGCAUAGCAGCAUGGAGUUAA